UACUCGAGCAUCCGAAUGCAAAACCCCCCAUCGAAAACCUCCACUUUUCCCUUAGCAAAAACCCAAGGAACCUAGAGAGAGAGAGAGAGAGAGAGAGAGGAUCAAAGACAUGCCUUUGGCAAUAUCAAACGUCCUCCAAUGUCCCAGCUUGCAGGUUUCUCGAAAGAAUUCCUUUCUCAGAAGUUCUGUUCCGAAUUUGCCCCCCUCUAUUGUCAGGUUUGGUAGAACCUCUCAACUCAAUAUAAGAUUGGUUUGUGCUGCUUCGUCGGCUGCAGGAAGUUCAAGUUCCAGCGGCAACCCGUAUGAGGUGCUUGGUGUGAGCCCUGUUGCAGGAUUUGAGGGGGUCAAGCAGGCAUAUGCAAGUAAACGCAAGGAUGCACAGGAGAAAGGUGAUAAAGCAACCGUUGCCCAAUUAGAAGAGGCGUAUGACAAAGUGAUGAUGGAACAAUUGGAAAACCGAAAGAAGGGUGUGACAUCUAGUUCCUUUGAGGUUUCUAAGCAUAUCAAGUAUGCCGAUAAGCAGCCAAUAGUACCAUGGUGGCCAAGGUUCACCAAGUCCAGUAUCAGAGAUAUCCAGAUCAACCUGGCAAUAUCUGCUGUAUUUACUACUUGGAUUUUUAUCCAGCGAAAUGCCGAAUAUAAACCUUUGGAGUUUCUAUUCUUCGCCUUUGUAUAUCGAGUUUAUGAAAAGCUGAGACAGUUUGAACCACCUACAAAACCAAAAUAUACAGAAGAUGGUGAAGAGGAAGGACGGGUACUACGAAUGGGAAAACGAAUUCUUCGUUCUCUUGCCCUGGUUGUAAGCUGUAUAGCCGUUUCGUCUUUUGGAUACACUAGUAUCCUGAAUGUGAUGGAGUCUGUUUACAAGUACAUCCCCGCUUUCGUAUACUAUAACCAGGAACUUUUUGUCACUGCUUCAUCAGCACUCAUGCUCUUCUUUGCGGCAUCAUAUUACAGAUGAAAAAUCACUUCGCGAACUGGGGGGACAAGGUGCUGGGUUAUUGUUGGGGAUAUCGCUGUUGUCUCUGAUACCAAUUUUGAACUGAGUUUUACAAUUUAAAGAGAUCAAAGGGAAAGGUAUAGACUUUAUGCUACUGAAUUAUCACUAGGAGCUGUUUUAUUAUUACAGUUUUGAGUCUUGACGCGGGCUGAAUUCUGUCAUGACCUUGUGCUGAAUCAGACACUGCUUGCUGCAACGGGGCCUUACCGGUUUUAUUGUAAAAGUCCAGUAGUUGUCUUUGAGACGGAGCUGUUGAGAUAUUUACUCGAUUGUGAUGGGAAUGGAAGUAUAUUUACUUUUGUACUAA